AUGGCUUCCUCUCACUCUACAGGACCGUCCUGCCACGAUCUGGACAAUACUAUGCGUAUUGGCGCUGGAUCGUGUCGCGGGGGCUUUGACUUCUCUCUUUUAUUCGAAGAAACUAUUCUUGAGAUCUUACCUAUUGUCUUAAUGCUAAUUGUCAUUCCCGUUCGUCUCUGGCACCUCUCGCAAAAACGAAACAAAGUUGUUGGAUCAGGGUUGCUACUUGUCAAGCUUGCAGCAUGGUUUGGACUGCUAGCGCUGCAAAUCACUCAGACUGCUCUAUGGUCAGCGCCGGCAGCCGACAAGACGAAAGCUUCUAUUGCAGCGAAUGCACUUCUGACAGUCGGUGUGGUCGUGCUCGGUCUACUUUCAUAUGCAGAGCACAUGCGAUCCGUGAAACCAUCGUUUAUUUUAAACACCUACCUCUUCUGCAGCCUGCUAUUCGAUGUUGCCCGGACCCGGACUCUAUGGCUACGUCGCGUGGACUCGUUCAAUCAAACCAUCGCCAUUGUUACUACCGUAGCACUGGUAGUUAAGUUUGUUAUUUUCGUUCUUGAAGCUAUUGAGAAGAGACAUAUUCUCAAAUCAGAGUAUGCCGGUUACCCUCCAGAAGCGACAGCGGGUUUCUAUAACCGCGCGGUCUUCUGGUGGCUGAACCCGCUAUUCAAGAUUGGCUUUACCAGCUUCCUUCGUGUGGAGGACCUGGCUGUUCUUGACAAGCAAUUGAGUUCUGAGCGUCUACUCGCCAGCUUCGAAGAAACAUGGAGCAAAGUGACUCAAAAAUCUCCCAAUACCUUGCAAAUAGAAGCACUCAAGGCUGCCAAGUGGCCUUUGCUUGCAGGUAUACCUGCUCGAGCCUGUGUGGUGGCUUUCAACUUCUGUCAGCCUUUGCUUCUUGAGAGAUCUCUAUCUUUCUUCAACUCCCCCGUGAACAAAGAGUCCAACAAUGUUGGAUACGGACUGAUCGGUGCUUAUAUCAUGGUUUACUGUGGUCUUGGAAUUUCAAUGGGUCAAUAUCAACACUUGACUUACCGUGGGAUCACCAUGGUGCGAGGCAUCCUCAUCACGAUGCUCUACAAGAAGGCCAGCUGUCUCACUCUGACCGAUACCGACCCUGCCAACUCAGUAACCCUAAUGAGUGCAGAUGUCGAGCGUAUCACGCAAGGCUGGCAGACAAUGCAUGAAAUCUGGGCAAACUCGAUCGAGAUUGCUCUGGCAAUUUACCUCCUUGAGCGUCAACUCGGGGUUUCCUGUGUGGUUCCCGUGUGUGUCGCCCUCUUCGCCUUGAUCGGAUCAUUGAUCGGUAUGUCUUUUGUGGUUGCCCGGCAAGCCAAAUGGCUGGAGGCUAUUGAGAGGCGUAUUUCUUCUACUUCUGGGAUGCUUGGUUCUAUCAAGGGUGUUAAGAUGCUCGGCUUGCAAAAUUCCAUGAUGAAGUUCGUGCAUGGUCUUCGCCUCGACGAAUUGGAUAUUUCUAGGAAAUUCCGUACCCUACUCGUCUAUAACAUGGCUUUCGGCUGGUUGACUCGCAUCUUCGCUCCCAUCUUCACAUUCGGUGUCUAUGUCGGCAUCUCCAGCAAUCCUUUGACUGUUUCCCGAGUUUUCACAUCUCUGUCGCUUUUCUCUCUUCUCGCAGAUCCCUUGUUAACCUUGGUCAUGGCUUUGAUGUCUUUUGCCGGUGCUCUUGGGUCUUUCCAGCGUAUCCAACAAUUCCUGGAUAAGGAGGAUCACUCCGAUCGCCGACGCCGAUCCUCUCAGACUCUUACGCUUGAGGAUCUCGGUGAGAAGCGCCUUCUGGCCAAGUGCAACGAUCUUAAUCUUUCUUCGUCUUCCAUCGGCUCCGACUCGAUCGAGUCUUAUAAGCACUCGCGCACUAAUUCCUCCAUGACCAAUGCCGUGAUGAUCUCGAACGGAAGCUUCGGCUGGGAUGCGGACAAAGAGCCAAUCCUCAAGGACAUCACAUUGACUGUUGCUCGUGGGAGCUUUACCAUGCUUAUUGGAUCAUCCGGAUGCGGCAAGUCAACCCUUCUCAAGGCCCUUCUUGGAGAGGUGCCUUGUUCAGAGGGCCAGGUCGAACUGUCCACCCCCAGUGUCGCUUUCUGUGAUCAAACUCCCUGGCAUAUGAACGGUACUAUCAAGGAUAGUAUUGUCGCUAUGUCUGACUACGAUCCUCAAUGGUAUUCCACUGUGAUUCAAGCCUGUGCCCUGGAAGAAGAUCUUGCACAGUUCCCUCGUGGAGACGCCGCUAUCAUUGGUAGCAAGGGUAUUGCUCUCAGUGGAGGACAAAGCCAGCGUAUCGCACUUGCUCGGGCAGUGUAUGCUCGGAGAAACAUCAUCGUCCUCGACGAUGCCCUUAGUGGACUUGACGCUACUACUGAAAAUCACAUCUUCCACAACCUGUUCGGAAGCACCGGAAUUCUGAGAGAGCUUGGGGCUACUACCAUUGUGGCAUCCUCUUCCGUUAAGCGCCUUCCUUACUCUGAUCACAUCGUCGUGAUGGAUACUACUGGUCGCAUCAACGAACAAGGAAAUUUCACUGCUCUGAACAAGACUGGUGGAUACGUCUCAAGCUUCGGUCUCGGGUCGCCUGACUGGGAUUACAAACCUCAAAGAUUCUCUGACUCUCCGAGCUAUAACAGCAUUGACACUGUUCAGAAGGAAAAGGAAGCACUGGCUGAAGAGCCAGAGAAUCGUGAGACUGGUGGUGAUCUUGGAAUCUACACGUACUAUAUUGACGCCAUUGGAUGGCUCCCAGCAACGAUCUUCAUGGUCGCCAUGGCCAGCUUUAUCUUCUGCAUUUCUUUCCCGAGUAUUUGGAUGAAGUGGUGGGCCCAGUCUGAUACUGCACACCCCAAGCAGGAGAUCGGUUACUAUCUCGGUAUCUACGUGAUGCUUGGCUGUCUCGGCAUGAUUACUCUGCUCGUCGGCGCCUGGGAGAUGAUUAUCACCAUGGUCCCCAAGUCUGGCGAGAGCUUCCACCGCAAAUUGUUGACGACUGUUCUCAGUGCACCUAUGCUGUUCUUUUCCAGUACCGACAGUGGAUCAAUUCUCAACAGAUUCAGUCAGGACUUGAUGCUCAUCGAUAUGGAACUUCCUAUUGCUGCCAUUAAUACUGUUGCUACGUUCUUCCUCUGUCUAGCACAGAUGGCACUCAUUGGUGUCUCGUCGAAGUAUGCGGCUAUCUCUUUUCCAAUCGUUCUCGGUAUCUUGUUCUUGAUUCAGAAGAUGUACUUGCGCACUUCACGCCAGCUCCGUUACCUCGAUCUUGAGGCCAAGGCACCACUGUACUCUCACUUUACCGACUGCUUGCAGGGUCUUGUGACCUUACGUGCCUUUGGAUGGCAGCAUGCUAUGGAGAAGAAGAACAUUGAACUCCUGGAUCACUCGCAGCGGCCCUUCUACUUCAUGUUUGCUAUCCAGCGCUGGCUUACUCUCUCGCUGGAUAUGGUUGUGGCUGGUAUCGCCGUGCUUCUCAUUAUUCUGGUUGUGGCACUCCGUGGAUCUAAUCUCAGUGCUGGCUAUGUUGGUGUUGCUUUGUUGAACGUUAUUCAGUUCAGUCAGAGUAUCAAGCUCCUGGUUACUUUCUGGACCAACCUGGAGACUCACAUUGGGUCUAUUCAGCGUAUCAAGGACUUCUGUCAGACUGUUCAGUCGGAAGAUAAGCCUGGUGAGGACGGCGAUGUGCCUCCCAACUGGCCGUCCAAUGGUGCAGUCAGCUUCCAGUCCGUCUCUGCGGCAUACAGACCCUCCGAGCCUGUUCUCAAUGAUGUCUCUCUCACCAUCAAGGCCGGGGAGAAAGUCGGAAUUUGCGGCCGAACCGGAAGCGGCAAAACCUCAAUGAUCAUGAGCAUCUUCCGCAUGAUGGAACUAACCAGCGGCACCAUCACCGUGGACGGAGUUGACCUAGCUACUCUCCCCCGACGCGAGAUUCGCUCACGCAUCAAUGGUGUCUCCCAAGACUCCCUCCUAUUCAAGGGCAGCGUGCGCCUCAACGCCGACCCAACAGGAGUCUGCACCGACCAAGACAUCCAGACCGCACUCCGGAGCGUGCAGCUCCUGCCAGCAAUCCAAGAAAAGGGCAGCCUGGACACCGACAUCGACGAGAUCCACCUCUCGCACGGCCAAAAGCAACUCUUCUGCCUUGCCCGCGCCCUCCUUCGCCCGGGCAACAUACUCAUUCUGGAUGAAGCCACCAGCAAUAUCGAUACCAAGACCGAUGAAAUUAUGCAGCGCGUCAUCAGGGAGAAGUUCUGUAAUCACACGAUCAUCGCGGUCGCCCACAAACUUGAUACCAUUCUAGACUUUGAUCGCAUCGUUGUCUUGGAUGCAGGGCGUAUCAUUGAGAAUGGCGAGCCGUACGCCCUCCUGACAGAACCCAAGUCGCACUUCAGCAAGUUGUAUGCCAGUGCCCAGGCAACCGAGGAGUCGGAGUGA